UUUAUUAAGUUGGUGAGACUGUAAGGAGAAAAAUGGCCUCAAAAAAUGUGUCCGCCGCCGUGCAGGAGAUCGAAAUCGGGCCCCAUUUGGGCCUUCCUCAGUUGAACAACAUCAAAAAUGGAUUAGAACAGGAACUGUCCCUGAUGCAAGAGUCGCUGAACACCUUGAAGAUGGCACAGCAGAAGUUCCAGCAAUCUGCAGAUUGCAUGGAGAGGAUCAAGCCUGGCUCCGACGGAAAAGACAUUUUGGUGCCCCUCACGGGAUCUAUGUAUGUUGCUGGUAAACUCAAGGACACGGACAGCAUUCUUAUAAACAUCGGCACCGGAUACUAUGUUGAAAAAGAUGCUGCGGGUGCUACGGAUUAUUUUAACCGGAAAGUCAAAUUCGUCACGGAGCAGAUGGAAAAGAUUCAAGCAAUAGGAAUUGAAAAGAACAAAAUUAGAGAAACUAUUGCUGAGAUGAUGCAAGGAAUGGUCGCACAAAUGGCCAAGCAGGUGGGCACUGCGUCAAGCCAGACGCAAACUUCAUAACGCUGCUGUAUCAAAAUGCACCUGAGGAUUGAUCUUCUUUAAAUUCUGUUCUCGUAAACGUACUUGAACGCUGCAAUCCUAACUAUUCUAAUUUAUAUGAUUUUCCUCCACUGUUUCAUAGUGGAUUGUUAUCAAAGCUGUAAUUAAUAAACGAAAUAAUUCAUAAUUUUUUUGAGAA